AUGGGUGGCCCUAAUCUAGAAGUAUUCAAGUUCGGAAUGUACAUUCUCUUCCCAAUCAGCAUCAUGUACUACUUCGGCACAAAUCUCGACGGCAAAUUCACGGUCCCCGAUUUCUGGCCCAAGCCAGGCCAGACGCACAAGAUACCGUACGAUAGGGAUGAGAUUGCAAAGGAGUUGGAGAGGUUGAAGCAGAGGAAUCUGGAGAACAAGAGGAGAAGGGAGGAGCAGGAGAGGCUGAGGGAGCUGGGUACUGGAAGGGAGGAGUAG